ACACACAACCAGCUCAGUCAUAACUGUGGGAUGAUAGGGACUACCUCUUUUUUACUUUUGGAGAGAGCCAAGCCGUUAGGAGAGCAUUCAGCAUCAGCUGUUCAACACUGGUCUCUCAUUGCUGGACGUCGGGGCUGAAUCAGUCACAUGACAGAACUGGAGGCAGAGAUCUAGAGAAAAGGCACAGCAUUUCGGCUUGCACCGCCAUACUGUAUUUUGAGCCAUAUCACAUUUUUAUUGCAACAUUUUACUCCCGCUCGGUGAGUACAUUUCCAAUGGCUUUUUUGUAAGCAUUUUUUGUCUUUUUAAUUGCCCCCCUUUUUUUUUAAUUUUUCUCUCUUUUGCUGGUGUUUGAAUUGAGCAUUGACAUGGUGGUUUUGAGCGUUUUUCACAUCCAGGCUUCAAGUUUUUAGCAUGCAGUUAUUCUGAUCCAGAGUGCCAAGAGGGUAAUCGGUGCGUUAUCGGGUCUUGAGAAAGCCUUUACUUGCUUGCAGUUUUGUUUCGAGGGUCGAAACCAAGCAGCUUUUGUCAGUAUUGAGAUUUUUCAAACAAUUUAUUGGUGGUUUUGAAACAUUUUUAUUUUUUUGUUUCUGUCGACUUUUGCUGUUGCUAUGCUUUGGUUUGCAUUUUGCAGUGUUGUUUGUUGCCUUCGAGUUUUGUGAUUUUGGUGUGUCGGUGAAUGUCACCGAUCAACCCCUUUGCUUUUACUUUUCUUUAUAAAAAAAAAGGAGUCAUUUUUAAAGCCCGAUGACGUUUUAACGUGAUACUUUUCUUGCAGCUGAGCUCUCAGGUUUGUUGUUUUUGUGUUUCUCUCUUUUUUCGAUUUCAUUAUACUUUUGCUGGUGGCAGUGUCAAGUAUUUUUUGGAUGUUAUCGUUUUUCGACUAGAUGAUGCUGGGUGGACGAGGGGAGUUUUGAUUCUUGGGGGAGUUCAAUGCGUUUUUGUUUUCGGUAUCAACGAGGAUGAACAGACAUUUUCCCUUUUGCAGGAGGGCAACUGGAGGAGAAUGACUGGUAAACUCCAGACCAGCAACGUGACCAACAAGAAUGACCCGCGCUCCCUAAACUCCAGAGUCUUUAUCGGCAACCUCAACACAGCCAUCGUCAAGAAGACCGACAUAGAGGUCAUCUUCGCCAAGUACGGCAAGAUAGUGGGUUGCUCUGUGCACAAAGGUUACGCCUUCGUACAGUAUUUAAACGAGAGGAACGCCCGGGCAGCUGUGGCGGGAGAAAACGCCCGUAUCAUCGCUGGACAGCCUCUUGACAUAAACAUGGCAGGCGAACCCAAGCCAUACAGGCCCAAAGCUGGCUCCAAACGGCCGCUGUCAGCUGUUUAUAGCGGUUAUGAAUUUGAUUACGAGUACUACAGGGAUGAUUUUUACACCAGGCUUUUUGACUACCAUGGCAGAGUGCCCCCCCCACCAAGAGCCGUGAUCCCUGUCAAACGCUCCAGGGUGCUCGCUCCAUCCUCCCGCCGCGGGAAGACCUCCUUCCCCAUAAAAACAUCCUCGUCUUCCUCCUCUUCAUCCUCCAGACCUCCCUCAUCCGGGCUCAAACUGAAGACGGACCAGCUUCAGACUAUUAAACGGGAGCUCACUCAGAUCAAGUUGAAGAUUGACUCUUUGCUGGGACGCCUGGAGAAGAUCGAGAAGCAGCAGAGAACCGAGUCCGCUCAGAGAAAGUACGAGGACAACUGUGAUUCCCUGCAUGAGGAGUCUGUGUCCGAGACGGCCGAAAACUCGGUGGAGGAGGUUGGCGAGGGGGUGCUGGAUGUGGAGGCAGGAGAGAUGACCGAUGGCGGCGAGGACGACUACGACGAGGAGGGCAGCCACCAUCUGAUAGAGAACCAUGUAUCGGAUGUUGACAACUGAGAUCAGGAUGAGGCAGCAGACACCCCUGGUCGGUGGUAUUAGAAUUCAUCAUCACCUUCAAGAGACAGAACAGGAUCUCUGAGGGAUCAAGACUUUCAUUCUGGACUGUAAGUUGUGUUCAAGUGAUGCUGAAUCACAUUUAGAUGCCCAACUGUGAAGCACAAACCAAAUGUGAUGUGCUCUCUAAAGAAAAUGUAUUCAAGACCUAUUUUAAUUCAUUGGCCUGAUUUCACCUCAUGGAUAUUCUGUGCAACUUAUUUAUUCAUUGCAAGAGGCUAACCACAUCAUUCGCUAAUCCUGUUCCUGAAAAAAAGAAAAAAAGAAGGGAAUGAAAUGAAGGCUUUUAUUCAGAUCAAUAAAUUGAAUUACAUUGAAAAAAGGGAACAUGACAUUGUUGAUCAAAAGAUGCUGCUUUUUUUACAUGUGUUUGCAAUGUACAAUUUACAAUGUUUUUCAAUGAAUUUCUGUUAUGCUCAAAAAUGAAAUUAAUAAAAAACAGUCAGAACAAUCUGCGAUCGCAGUAUGAUAUUCACAAAAUGAAACAUCGGUGCCGUCUGGUUCGGAUUUGACUCAUGCAUAAGCCAGUAGCUGUGAGCCACAACUUUAUCCAGCUUUAUCCAUUUAUCACACAAAUGCCCUGUGGGGCCGUUCCAUCAUAUAUUCCAACACCUGCCAAGUUUCAGAAGCAGAAAGGGCUUCCUGUGGUAGAGAGCCAACAUUGGCACAGGCCUCCUGCCAGGGAGCAGUGCUCCAACGUCGCUACUCCCUGCUCAGCCUGUGUAUCCCAACAUGCAGUGCUGCUGUUCAGAAGCCAACGCCCUUUCUCUUUCUCCUCUACUAUCUGCCUAUGGAUUCUGCAUUGAUACUGUCUUAUGUAGGCAAGAGAGCGAGGCAAGGUUUUUUAAAUUAUAUAUUGAGAUGCCUUGAUUUUAUCUAAGGAUGUGAUUCAGAUUGCUUACAUUUCUAAAUAAAUAUGGAAUAAUAUGACAUGACACAAUGGCUAAUGCUGCCUUAACACAACCUAAAUAAGUGGGGAGACGAUUCAAAACUGUAUCCCAUUACUCGUUUAAUAAAUUACCCAUAAAAGUCAAUAAUAAAGUGAAGUGCAUACUGUGGUCAGAUGAAGCUGAACUAGCCAGAAUUUGAUUUUUAAUUAACCUGAUUAUAAAUACAUUGCAAAGUGAAUCAACCAAUGACUGGAUGUCAGCAUGGUCUACUGUUAAUUAUUCACUUCAUGUUUGCCCAUUUUUCCCCGAAUAUGUAACGGAAUAAAUUCACUCCAAACAACGACACAGGCAUGUUUGUUGUCUCAAGCUUUUAAUCUUCCUUUAAAGCCAAUCCUCAGAAAGAGAUAGGUGUUGGGAACUGCAGCUAAUAUUCAACAGCUGCUGAAUUCACAUUCAGCUGGCACACCUGGUAUGUAUUAGCUGUAGAUCGCGGUUGUCUGCACAAACUGCAGGAGCUAGCAAGGCUAGUGGGCUAACAACAACAUUCAUCAAAGCUGCAAAUUACACAGCGUCUUAUCAAACACUUUGUUAGGCUCAUUAACCUGUAGCGUUGUCCUUGCACUCACUGCAGCCAAGCAACAUCUCCCGUUUCUGCUGCUUGUAUAACUUCACUACUGUGUUGAACUCUCUUUUGCUUCAAUUCACACUCGGAAGCAUGAGCAUGACCACACCUUAACUCCCCCUGAGGGUGUUUUAAAGUAUGAAAGCAGACAGACCUCUUGUCAUUGGAAUAACUUUAUACUGAAUAUCAGUAGAAGUCCUGAAUUGAUGUAAAAGUUGAAUCAUGUGAUUCAGUGCUGUUAUUAGUUUAAUGAGUUGUUUUACCCAAAUAAAAAAAAUUAAAAUUGUUGACUAGUCAAGCAGUUAGUUGUGGUUUUAUUUGCACAGGUUUUGAGAUAUGGACUCUUAAGAAUUGCAGUCACCCCAGUACUGGAAGCAUUAAAAAAAAAAUCAUCAUUCAUCAUGAAGAAUUCAAUUCAAUGUCACAAUUACUCUGGGAAAUCCACACAUGCCUCUGUAGAUAUUUUAAAGCUGGGGUAGGCAGUUUUCUGGAAAAAGGGCACAAAAAACCACCAGCCCUCCCUUGCAGUAACCCGUGAGAAUUUGAGUCAUUCAUUUCAACCCACCCUGAUCAUGAUUGUGAUCCCUAUGCCGUUAUAUACCUAUGAGAAUGUCGUCCUGUUUUCUUUUUAAAGCCCUUUGAGAUGACAUGCUGUGAUUCGAGGCUCUAGCUAGCUACGUAAACAUUAAUUUGAGUUAGUUGCAGCCGUGAGCCUUUGGCUACGGUUAGCAGAAGGCUAAGCCAUUUAUCAACAUCUUCUCUUCAUCUCUGAAACGCUUCGUUGAUAUUGACUUAUGUUUUAUUGCGUUUAAUGUCAGACUCUCAUUUUGAGAAGUCCCAUCUGUUUCCCCGUCUGUUCCUUUUUUGAGUUGCUUUGCAGUGUAGGCAGUUGUUGCCAAUACUGGAAUAGCAAGUUUUUUUCUGCAGGAUUUUCCACCGUUGAAUCUGGCUUUUACCAUCUGAAGGGAUGUGCACACGCAUCUGCAUUUGUAGAACAGCCAAUAGGAAUGUACUCUCUCUGUAAUGAUCUGUUAUUGGCUAAAGUCUGCUGUCACGAGCUAGAUUUUCUAAAGCAUGAAAAUGGAGUCAAGAGGAUGUCCUACAGUUUUCUCUUAGACCAAUUAUAUAUUAUGGAAUUUUUGCUCAAUGAUGCCAAAAAAAACUGCCUACCCCAUCUUUAAUUAAUCUUGGGUUGGAAAUAGUUACCAUGAAAACUGUGGAUUAAUAAUCCAGAAUAAUGUUUUUUUUAUAUUGAAUGUUGCAAUGUUUUCAACACCAUAAACCAAACUCUUUUCACCCCUAUUGUACCUUAUUAGCACAAAACCUGAGAAAAUAAAACCAAACCUCCAGGGUAAGUAAGAAAAUAUUGUUUUGUGAUUUGAUUGAACUGACCCUUUAAACAGAGAAUUAAAAUGAAAUGUGAAGGAAAGGUCGCCUUGCACAAUUUCAUAAACACAACGGUCAAACUUGGCAGUGCUGCCUGAAAAAAAUACAUUAGAAAAAUGUCUGUCCUGCAGCUCAUUCAAAAUAAGUGUAAUGUUGAAUGAUAACGUGUAAUCUUUAGCACUAUUUUUGUAUCCAAAAACGUGUAAGGGAAAUGGCUCUGCUACAUGUUUAUCUUUUUUGCUGUUAGCCUGUUAUUUAAUGAGCAGUAUGGUGAUGUGUCAACUAUUUUGCUUAAGUACUAAAAAAAAACUCAUUGCUUUUAACUGUUGUAAUUUAUAUGGGUCACUUUAAAACAUGUCUGGCUCAACACUCACUUUUAGUUUGCACUGUAAAUAGUCCUUCUUUUGUUUAUUUCAAAUACCAAAAGACUGAAAGAGACAUUUUAUUAAGUUUAAAAUAAUGCUGAAACAAUAUACUGACAGUUUGUUGGAGUCGUUGCAGGUGUUAACCAGAAUUGUGGGGCUUGUAGAGAUAGUGUAACUGACAACUGUUGUAUAGAAAUGUACAUUUUUUUGUAAAGAUAUUUUUAUCAAAAGGCAUGUUUACUGUAACUUUGUAUUUUCAGUUCAUGUAUAAAAAAAAAAAAAAAAAAAAGUAUAUUCCAACUGUUGUAAGGCUAGAAAACUCAUCGUCAUUGUACAUAACUAUUUGUGUUCUUAUCAGUCAAUAAAAUGUUUGUGUCAUGUUUAA